UGAACUCAGUCUGGCUUCCGAUUGGGUAUACCUCACAUCAUUCAGCGCAUGAUCUCCUCGGGCUUCCCGUUCAAACCUGCUUUCAGUUCCGAGCUCGGGUUCAGUCAGUGUUUAGUGGAUGAUAGACGGUAAAGGAGGAUUAACGAGAUCGAGGUGCCUAACAUGGACACGGGUUACCAUAGCAGAGGAACAGGAAGCCCGUUGUAGGGUCUGUUAGAGAACAACAACUUUCAUAGGAACUUGGUGGUGCCUAGCCACCUAAAUUGGCAACAUUUGUCCACCCUGACAAAGGAACAAUUUACACUUAUACUAAACUCUUGAGAGCGAUUUGUUUUUCCUGGAGUUUUGUUUUUCCUGUUUCUGAACAGUGGAUGCAUAUUUUUUUGUGGAAUAAUGCCAGCGCCAAGUGUUUUGCCUUUCACGGUUACCCCCACUGGAAGGAAGUCUGCUAGUCCUAGCACUUUCCGGCUAACUGAAAAAUUUGUUCUUUUGCUUGUUUUCAGCGCUUUCAUCACUUUGUGCUUCGGGGCAAUUUUCUUUUUGCCCGAUUCAUCCAGGCUAUUGAGCGGUGUGUUCUUUCACUCGUCAGCCUCUGAUGGAGCAGAGGCGAAGGGGGCCGUUGGGAGUAGCAGCAGUGGGGUGAUAGAGGGGGAUGUAGAAAGUCGCUUGGCGAAGAUCCGGGAAGAUCAUGCUAAGGCGCUUCAGGAAGCUAAGGACACUCUCCAGAAACAACCCGAGAAAAUCAAGAAUGAGAUCAAGGAAGAGAAAGAUAAAGUGCGAGAGGAUAUCUUGAGGGGCAAGGAUGGGGGACUUCCUGAAGUUGCCUUUAACAAACCGUUUGGGGCUGUAGGACGCGAACCCACAGAUAAAGAUACACUAGAGAAGAGGGCAAAAAUUAAGGAGAUGAUGAAACAUGCUUGGGAUAAUUAUAAACACUAUGCCUGGGGAAUGAAUGAAGUAAAGCCCAUUUCAAAACGUGGACAUGCCAGUAAUUUAUUUGGUAAUAUUCAGGGAGCAACAAUAGUGGAUGCUCUUGACACACUUUACAUUAUGGAAAUGCAUGAUGAAUUUAAAGAAGCCACUGAAUGGAUAGCAAAGAAUUUAGAUUUCAGUGUGAAUGCGGAGGUGUCAGUGUUUGAAGUGAAUAUCCGUUUUGUUGGAGGUCUCCUGUCUGCCUAUUACCUUUCUGGUGAAGAGGUUCUUAGGAAGAAAGCUAUAGAGCUUGGCCAGAAACUUUUGCCUGCAUUCAACACACCUACAGGAAUACCAUGGGCUCUCUUGAACUUAAAGAGUGGAGUUGGACGGAACUGGCCUUGGGCUUCUGGUGGGAGCAGUAUUCUAGCUGAGUUUGGAACAUUACAUUUGGAGUUUAUGCAUCUGAGCCAUCUAUCUGGAAAGCCAGAGUUUGCUGAAAAGGUGAUGAAUGUCCGAAAAGUUCUUAAUCGUUUGGACAAACCGCAGGGCUUGUAUCCAAACUAUCUGAAUCCAAACAGUGGCCAGUGGGGACAACACCACAUAGGUGUCGGUGGAGCCGGUGGCUCCACCGGAGAUUUCUUUGUACAAGCCUGGAUGCUAGCGGAAAACCGAAGUACAACCCGAAAAACUUUUUUUUUUCUUGUUUUGCAGGCUAUUGAAAGCCAUUUGAUCAGGAAGUCUAAUGGAGGCUUAACAUAUAUUGCAGAGUGGAAGGGUGGGCUUCUUGAACACAAAAUGGGCCACUUGACAUGUUUUGCUGGUGGGAUGUAUGCACUGGGUGCAGAUGGUGCUGACAGUGAUAAAACUGGUCACCACAUGGAACUAGCUGCUGAGAUUGCACGCACGUGUCAUGAGUCCUAUGAUCGGACAGCUACAAAACUAGGACCAGAAGCCUUCCGUUUUGAUGGAGGUGUUGAAGCCAUUGCAACAAGACAAAAUGAGAAGUAUUACAUCUUGCGGCCAGAAGUCAUUGAAACAUAUAUGUAUAUGUGGAGAUACACUCAUGAUGCGAAGUAUAGAAAGUGGGGUUGGGAAGCUGUACAGGCACUAGAACAGUACUGCAGACUAGAUGGAGGAUAUUCUGGUAUUAAAGAUGUUUAUGCUAGCCGCCCAGGUCAUGAUGAUGUGCAACAGAGUUUUUUCCUGGCAGAAACACUCAAAUAUCUAUAUUUGCUGUUUUCUGAAGAUGAUCAUAUUCCAUUUGAUCACUGGGUUUUUAACACAGAAGCUCAUCCACUUCCAAUCAUUCGCAAAGAAGAUGCAACUCUAAAAGAAAAAUCAGUAUAAAAAAAACAGCAUUGUUAAUGUAACACUUUUUUAUCCUAGGCGAUACGAGGCUUCAUUUUGAAUAUUUUUCCAGUGAAAGGGGCAUAUGAGGUAUCCUGCAAUCAUAUAAGGAAACUGGCACGUUUUUAAUCCUAAAUUGUAAGUGCCACCUGUUUUGCAGUCAAUACUACUUACAGAUUUGGACUGAGACAUGAGCUUUUUAUUUUAAAAAUGUUCAUAUCCGUUUAUUGCCUCAGCUUGCUGAAGCACUUUCUCUUUUAAUUUUGAACUCUUGCAGCUAAGAAAAGGAAAGUUUAGUACUAUGUUUACCAUCUUUGCUAAGUAGAACAGAACGGUCUGCAUGUGACCUGUUUUGUAGCAUUUUUUACCUUUCUGCUAUAAAAAGACUGCAAAAUAAAAUUCUCCUCUGUGAGGAGACUAUUGUUGCAUCAAGCUGUAAAAUAGUUGCAGUGUCACAAGAAGCCAUAUAUGAAUCAACUUUAAAGAGCUUGUUGUUUUGUUGAAUCUGUAUGUUUCCAUCUGUAUACCAUCAAGUGCAAAUCACUAAACUGUGAGAACGUUAUAUUAUGCGGGUUGAUUUCUUUUCCUCUUGAUUGUAUUGUUUUAUGACUGUGUAUGGUUUGAAAGGUGUUUAUUGUUGCUCACUGAAAAUAAUAUGGACAAGUGGAGCAUUUCCAGCUGCGGCAGGAGGGCUUCUUGUUUUUGUUAAGAUAAUAGUUUCCUUUCAAGCUCAGGUAGAUUUUUGCAAUUAUUCCUUCUCCAGUCAUAAGAUUUUGGCUGCAAAUUUACAAAUCUUUUUAAAAAUAAUUACACUAUUUUAUUUUUGGCAAAAUGUUGUUUCCUUCUAGCCUAAGUAAAAUGGUAUGCCCUUAAACAGAAAUCAUUGUUAGGAAUUGUGUAGGUGGCUUUGGGUGUACUAUCUCCGCAAAUGUGUGUGAGGCAAGUUAGUUAUCCUUAUAACUUGAACAUGCAAUUUCUUCGAUCCCCAAUGUUUUGUUGUAGUGCAUUCUGCUGCAUUAAAUGAGACUUUGUAAAAUAUUGCUUUACUGUAACAGCAUACAGAUCAUUGGCAUUCUGUUAGUGCAUAACGAAGACAAAUGAAACUGCUUUUGUUUGUGCCCUAAUGUUGGUUUUCUCUACUGCAGAUGUAUAAAUUUAUUUUGUGUAGAUAAAAUAAGCACAAAGCAUUUGCCUUUGCAAACUGAAACCACUAGCCUUUCCUUCAGUGUUUAGAACAGACAUACACAUGAGUGUGUAUGUGUAGUGAAGCAUUGUUACAUAUUUUACUGAUGAGCCAUUUUAUUCAUAUAUCUUUUGUUUGUAUUUCCUGUACAUUCCAUUGUAUUUGCAAUUUACAAUGUUUUCAUAUUGCCUUUUAAUGUGGUUAGUAGUGAAGUAUGUGAUUAUAUGGUUGGGAGUUUGCAUAAUGGUUAAGGUAUUUACCUCACAGGUACAAGGUAGAGGGUUUAAUUCUCAGUUUUGAAGGGUAAUUGGCUAGGCUUAAAAUGACCUGCAAAAGCAGUUAGCCUAGUACUUGCUUAUGAACCUAUGGUAUGGUCAUGCACUUCUACAGGUUUUGUAUAUUCAGGUUUAUUGCAUUUACUACAGAAGGAUUAUAUAUAUAAGUACAUAUGAUUUGUAUGUAUGGGAUCACAAAGGCAUAUGUAGUCACAGUUUUGUAUGCCUUAGCUCCAUGAGCAAAAUGUGGAAUUGUUGCUGUUGAAUUACAUGCACUAACGAUCAGCAAUGUUAAGAGUGCUGCUUGAAUAUUGCUGCAGAGGUGUGCUGUAAAUCCUUGCAGAUGUUCUGUUCCAAAACUAAAGGUGUCAGUAUCUUUCAUUAAAUGUUCCCAUUGCCAUGCUAUGUUUGUGUACCUGGGAAUGUUUUUUUUUGUUUCAGAGCCAGCUGAUUUUGCAGACCUAGGGUUGAAUGCACAUUCUUAUUACGAGGCUGCCACUGUUCAGUGUAAGCUUUUUAACCAAAUGCAGAGGAAAAUAUAAGAAAGCUUUUCGCCAUUUUCGCUAAGAUCAAGUGUACACUGAUCUUUUUUCCUGUAAAAUUAACAACUGCUUUCAUCUUUUGUGGAGGUUGAGACAAUAUAAAGGAAUCAUUGCUAUACUACAUCUGCAGUUCAGUCAGUGUCUUGUGUUUACAUUCUCAGAUCUGAAAAAGUAAUUAUGAUUUGAACAUCUUGUUCAGAAACAUUAACUUGUAUUUUAAUAGGAUGUCCUCUUCAGUGGUAAAGUUUAAGUUCAAUGUUUCAUAAUUUCAUAUUUCUGAAUUUGUAUAAAUUACCUUCUUGGUCUGUACAUAUUCCAUUUGGACUUUACCACCUUUAUAUGAAUCUUAAGAUAUUGUGGAGUAUAUAAUAAAGAUGCAUAAUUUCUAAUGACUAUAUUUGUAAUAUUUCUCAUUUGUAAAUAAAGCUUUGUAAUAUA